CGCCGUCUGGGCGGCGCCUCAUUCAGUGCCCGGUAGUCGCGGUGACCGCGUGGUCCGAGCCCGAGCCGCGAGACCUGGUGGGAAUGACGCCGCAGCUGGUUCUGUGCUGUGUGGCCGCCGUCUCGGGCGCGGCGCUGCCCCACCUGUUUCCGCCGCCGCUGGUCCGGUACGCGCCCUCGGCCGUCUACCACACUCAGUAUGCGGUGCCGGUGCCCGUCUCCGGGCCUGCAGCGGCCGCCGACGGCACGGUCACCCUGGUCACUCUGCGGAACUCCAAGGACAGCCCGUACCUGCUGGAGAUGCUGGCCGGCCGGCUGGAGGAGCGCGUAACGCCCGUGUUCACGCGGCUGCAGUCGGUGCUGGUCGAGGCAGCGCCCGAGUUCACCAAUAGCAAGGUCUCCGAGGUGCUGCUGGAGCUGCGGCUGGAGAGCCUGGCGGACGGCGGGGCCGGCGAGCAGGAGCUCCAGCUGCGCGACCCCGGCGACGCCGUGGUGGUGGAGGCGGCGCCGGCCGAGGACCCGGCCGACGCGCCCGCCGACGCCGUGUUCGUCAACUCGAAGGAGUCGGAGGCGCUGCGCGUCCUGCGAGUUCAGAGCCUCCGCGAGGGUCUGACGGGCCGCCGGCCGCCGCUGGUCAGCCAGGAUGCCAUUAUCGUGGAUGCGGAGGCGGGAAGUGGCGACUCGGAGCAGGUAUAGACACUGGUGGCGGGGAGUGUUGGACGGACGGGAACGGUCGGCUUGUCGGCAGACGCUGCAGUAUUGAAGCAAGCGGAGCGAGGCUUGUACGGCAGGGUAUAUACCUACACCCGAAGCAGGGCAGUGUUAGCAAAGUGUUCCACGCGGAGAAGAGCAGCUGUCAGAUAUAUUGUGUAGACGCGGGGAGAGAGGCCAAGAAAGCGCGAUUUAUUUGGCCGGAACGAGGUUGGGACGGCAGGGUGUUCACGCAGUACUGAAGAGGAAGACGGCAGGGUUUACGCACGCGGAGCGAGCGGCCGACGUAACGUCAAGAGGGUAACCAGUGCGGACUGCGGGGGGCCAGUGGGGACACAGAACCGCAGCCAGUGGUUCACUGUAGUGUAGGCAUGGCGUAGUGUGGGAUUUAUAUUGACCGGUUUUAGUUGUCGCCAAAUUACUUACAGCUAAUGAUCGACUUCAAGUACAGCUGCCAUCUCUUUAAAAGCCGAGACGGCGUGCGCCCGGCCUUCCGCACCGCCGAUGCCGAUCGACAGUUAAAGAUACCGUAGCGUAUAGACACUCAAUGAUAUUCAUCCACGUCCGAAUGCGAGUUACCAUUUACUAAGAUGCCUAGCGUACGUAGAUUUAGAAGUAAGCACACCCGCUGUAACUCUUUCGUAGAUUGCGUUCCUUCAGAUGACGAUUCAUGCUAGCUUGAGUCUUGCUUUAUGCCGCUAACAGCUCAGAAUUACGCGACGCGACCGUGGGAAGUGUGAAAGACAUUGUGGCGAUAUGGUCGUGGGCGUGGCCAAUGUUUUGCGUGCAAGUGAGCGAAUGACACUGUGAGAGUAAAUGCGAAGGGGUUCUGCGAGCUGCAUUCAGGGAGCUUUCUUGCUGAACUGCAGAUGAUAACCCGAGUCCUGUAUGCGUGCCGUGUGCUGUGACGGGCCGCCGAGCGUUCAGGCUCGCUGUAUGCUGCGGUGUGUCCAUGUGAUCGCCAUAAUGAGACGUCCAUUCCGGAAAUAAACGCGGCUAUGUGAAACA